AUGGGCGGUGGAAGUCAGGACGGGAAGCGGAGGCAGUCCGCAAUAUCGUGCACCGAGCUCGAUGAGGAGCGGUCCACCAUGGGGCGACAGUGCUGGCCACGCGACGAGGCUGUUGUCACGUAUUCGAAGGACAAGAACCAGACCUGGCAAAGGGAAGAAAUGUCGAUGAUGCAGAAACCUCAGGCGCCUCAGCUGUGA